AAAAAACAAGAAACAUGUAAACAAAAGUUUAUAGCACACUGGAUAAGCCUACAACCUCUAGUGCAUCACAAUGGUCCAUAAGCGAUCCCCCUCCCAGGAGCCAAUUCUACCCCUUGAGGGCCUCCCUCCCCCUGAGGAACCAAAGGUAAGAUCAGAUUGGCACACAUUCCAGUUCUACGAGAACCCCUACCUGAGUGGUGUGUAUGGAGCAGUGGGGGGUAUCCUAGCUGGAGGUGCCUUGCUUGGAAUUCUCUGGUAUUUUUAUGGCAUCGCCUUCUUCCUGUCCGUGUACAUUGCUGGGCCGAUCACUGUUGUAUUGUUGAUUGCGAUGAGUCUCUCUGUGGCCUGUCGAUGCAUUGUCUGUAUCCUUGUGCCGGAGAUCCUGGGAAAGUACGGCCGGUGGGUCCUGUACACUCUCCUGCUGGCUGUAUUGGUCAGUGGUCCAGUAGCUAACAUCUCCACCAAUAUGGAACGCAUGUCUAACAGCAUGGGCUGCAGUGCAGAGAUGAUCAAAAACCAGACCAGGGACCUAAAACAACAGUUCCUAGAUCCUUUUAAUAGCAUUAAGAAUCAAAUGGUUCAGAUUGAAGAAAAGGUCAGACAAUAUGCUGGUUACAUUGAGGUGGCAAUGAAGCCCAUCACCGAUGCAAUCAAGGCCACCGCCUCCGGAUUGUCCUCGGCUGCCAACUACCUCAAAAAGGCAGCAGAUGAAUGCAAGUCCAUGUUCAAUAGUGCCUAUAGCUCCUGCACUAAGUUUUUCAAUAAUGCCUACAAAAAGUGUAAAUCUACUAUUGACAAGAUUCCAGUUAUUGGGAGUCUAAGAAGAAAGAGAGGUGCACAGGGGGAGGUUAUAACAGAGGAAGUUUUUGUUCAGUGGAAUGACAAAGACGAGGAAAAACACAGAAAAUUUUGGGAAACUAGAGCAGAGGAAAUCCUGGAGGAAACCUUACAAGAGGCCAACUUGCAUCCAAAACACAGAUUAUUUGACCAUGCUGUUAUAAAAGAGAAAUAUUACAAUUUGACAAUUCGUAGGUGAGAAUU